AUGGCUUCCAAGGACUCAUCCGCUCUUGCUCUUUUCUUUGCACUCAACAUCCUCUUUUUCACCUUAACUGCUGCAACUGAUUGUCGCUGCAGCCCAAGUCCAAAGUCCAGGCCAGUCCGACCUAGCCCUAGGCCGCUAGUCCCAAGUCCUUCGGUUCCCCCUAGGCCGUUGGUCCCAAGUCCUUCAGUGCCAAGUCCUUCGGUCCCCCCUAGGCCGUUGGUCCCAAGUCCUUCAAUCCCAAGUUCCGUUCCCCCUAGGCCGUUGGUCCCAAGUCCUUCAGUCCCAACUCCAUCGGUCCCAAGCCCUUUAAUCCCAACUCCAUCAGUCCCAAGCCCUUUAAUCCCAACUCCAUCAGUCCCAAGCCCAAGCACCCCUGGCUCAUCCGGAAACUGUCCUAUAGAUACCCUCAGGCUCGGUGUAUGUGGAAACGUACUAAGCGGUCUACUCAACGUGCGGUUAGGUCAGCCAUCAGUUCAACCAUGCUGCUCGCUCAUCCAAGGUUUGGCUGACCUCGAUGCUGCUGUUUGUCUCUGCACAGCUCUUAGGGCUAACGUUCUCGGCAUCAACCUUAACGUUCCCAUAUCUCUUAGCGUUCUUCUCAACGCUUGUAACAAGAAUAACCUUCCGUCCGGUUUCCAAUGCGCUUAA